AUGACUACAUUUUGUAUUUGUCAUGCACAAAAAAAAUUGAAACUGUGGAAGAAAAAUAAGCUUGGUGAUGCAAAAGCCCUAUUAGUAGAUACUUCCUUCAUUUUGAAAUACUCGCUAUAUUACGAUGAAGGAAAUGAUCAAGAUGAUCAAUAUGAUGAAGAUGGAGGAAAUUCUGUUCAUCAUGUUGAUGCUAGUCUCUACACCCAACCAUCAUUUCAAGAUCUACUUUCACAAUUUGGUUCACCACCGAGCUUUACUCAACUGGUUCAACCAUCUCAACAGAAUCCUAAUGAUGAAGGCCCUAUACCUUCAAAGAAAAGUUGGGAUUUGACUAAAGAUAUUGCUCUCAUAUAUCCAGUCAUGAAUACAAGUACAAAUCCAAUUGUAAGCACCAACCAAAAGAUAAGAGUGAGGUGGCAAAAAGUUAAGGAAGCUUAUGAAGCAGCGAGGAUGGAACGACCCCAUCUGAUCCCACGAAGAACCGCCAACAUGCUUAAAUGUCGUUGGGAUAGAGUUGCUCCAGCAUGUUUGAAGUGGUUUAGAAGUUAUAACGAGGCUCUUAGGAGGAAGAAGAGCGGCACGAGAGACAAAGAUUUGCUUAAAGAAGCGCAUUUACUCCAUCAAAGAAAACACGGUAACUUUAACUUGAUUGAGCAAUGGAAAAUUUUAGAAAAGUAUAACAAGUUGAAGCUAGUGGUAAAAAUUAAUCAACAAAAACGAUUGGAUCAACAACCAACUGGUGGUGUUAAUAGUGAAAGUAGUGGGAAAAGAUCAAGGACAGAAGAAGAUUCUGAUACACCAACAAGUGAACCUCAAGAAGGAUCAUCUACUCGCCCCGAGGGUAUGAAAAAGGCUAAGGCUCGCAUGACUGAAAAAAUGGUUGCAUAUCAAUCAAUUCAAGCUUUGAGUGCAUUUGGAGAGAGUCUUCGACUUAAUUCAUAA